AAUAAAUUAAAUAAAAUGUAAGAACGAUUUAAAGAGGCCUUGCUCUCACCUUAAUUUAAAGAUUAAGAGUAUGAUCUCUCCACUUAAGAGUGCCGAAAAUUCUCAAGCGCAUGCGCUGCUGAAUUCAACACUCCUGAAACAAAAUACAGAUCUACAAUAGGCACCAAUAGAAUGGAUAUAUCUAAGGAUGCAAAUUCGUUGCAUUUUAGGAACAGAACAGCCAAAUUUGAUGACGAAUAAAAUCAAUUAUAUUUAGAAAUAAAGAAUUUAUAUGAAAAGAGAUAGUUUGACAUUCCAACUCUCGUGGAACCAAAAAUCUUAUUUAAGACAGAAACUGUUCCCGCUAGAUUUAUGUACAUUUUUAUUAUCAUAGAAAUUUAAUCAUAGCAUCAAGAGAAAAAAAAAUGAACCAAAAUAAAAAUCACAAUUUAAUGAUUAAGUUUUGAUAGACAAAAUGCACUAAGC